AAAGCAGGAUUCUUGGUCCCCUUUUCCCGACCACCUCCCACUCCCCUUCCGUGUCCCAGCUUUGGCUGGCAGAGUGAAGUGCACACAAUUUCAACACUCGAGAUCUCGAUCCAAGCCACAGACACAAUUCGCUCUCCACCAAAACACACAACCAAACAAUCAUCAUGGCUAUCUCAAAGACCAACUCUCCUGCCCGUGCCGGCAUGAAGCGCCCUCGCACUGUCCGCUUCAACAACACCGUCAAGCACGUCUUGGACACUCGCCGCGUCGAACCCCAACAAAUCAAAGCCACUUGGUACAGCAAGGUCGAGUUGACUCACCUCAAGGCUGACCUUAAAGGAGACCUCACCAUGCUCUUCACUGGGCAAGUCAAAUCCGAAGAAACCAACACUGCCUCUUGGCGCGGAUUGGAAGCAUACACUCAACGCAAUACCAAAUUCCAAAAGUACCGCAAGGAACGCCGCACCUUCUUGGUGGCAGGCGUCAAGGACUUGCAACAGCGUCUGCGAGCCGAGGGACUUGCCACUGAACACAGCAUCAGCAAGCUUGUCACCAUUGCCUCCAAACAAGCGGUUCAGGAAGCACAGAAUCUUGCUGCUCUUGAUACUCUUGCCGCCAAUCAAAUCUACCUCGAAACCUUCCUCGCUCCCAAGGUGGAAAUGCCCGCUGUCGGUGUUCCACAGGAGGCACUUCUUCCUCACCAACAAUUGGUGACUGCCAGAACUGCAUAAGCAAACAGCAGCCUUCUUUUUUCGAACUCUAACUUCCUGCUAAACAAACAAAACAAAACAAAACCAUUAUAUUAAGAA